AUGGAGGAUGUGAAGGUGAGGAGUUCUUCAGGCAUAGCCAAGGUCACUGGCAUAGCGCUCUGCCUGGCUGGAGUCUUCACCAUCGCCUUCUUCACCGGGCCGUCAAUAAGCCCUGUGAACCAUCAUCUGGCCUUCGCCUCUGACCCAGCACCAGCAGGCUCGAAACCAGUAGUUCCGAAGGGGAUAUGGAUCAAAUGGACAUUCCUUAUGGUGGUCGCCAACAUGUGCUGGUCUUUGUGGAUAGUUUUUCAGCCUGCUUUGCUAAAGGAUUGCACAGAUAAGAUGGUUGUGACUGUCACACAGUGCCUGUUCAGCACGGUGCAAUCGUUCGUUGUCGCGGUGGUCGCGGAGCGGGACUUCUCCAAAUGGAAGCUCCGCUUCGACAUCAGCUUGCUCGCCAUUUUAUACUCAGGUAUUAUGGUGACGGGAGUGUCCUACUACCUGCAAACUUGGUGCAUAGAGAUGAGAGGCCCUAUGUUCUUCGCCGCCUGGACCCCACUCUGCUUCCUGUUCACAAUAUUUUGCUCAUCAUUCUUUCUCGGUGAGAUUGUUCACCUCGGCAGCAUCUUGGGUGGAAUUUUGCUGGUCGGAAGCCUUUACACCAUGCUGUGGGGUAAAAGCAAAGAGGUUAAGACUGACAAUGUCACUCAGGAUACUGAGAAAGCUGAGCAUAAGAAAUCUGCUGAGAGUUACCCGAAAGAGCAACAUCAUACUACGGCAGAGGUCAAGGAAUAA